UGACGAUCGGGGUGCCGGAGUUUCACUCUUGAAACACGGUUAUGUUGUGAGAGUAUCACCUCGCAACAGUCAGAACUAUGGCAUGUAUAGGUCCAGGUAGACUUUGUGCUCGUGUGGAAAAGUGGUGUCAACUUGGACAUAGUAUACAAGUUAGAAGAAGAACAUCAAACUAUGUGAGAAUCAAACAGUUUGGUAUCCAACCAUUCACAAGGACCCUCGUACAAAGUUGCCAGAGUCAUCACAGGCGAACGCUGAGUUCGAUUCGCACCCAACAGCCCGGCUCCCUGCCAGACUACCAAGUGGACCCAUACCGCCUGCUGGAGGACGACCUCAAAGAUGUUUAUGACGACAUUCGAGAGGAACUACAACGAAACACGACAGAACCCGAACUCAAGACCAUUGCUACAUACUACUUCGACGGGCAAGGGAAGGCGUUGCGGCCGAUGGUUGCGAUCCUGAUGGCAAGAGCCAUCAACUACCACAUGUACAAGGAAAAGAGCGGACUGCUGGCGUCGCAGAGGCAGGUAGCAAUGAUCUCGGAGAUGAUCCACUCAGCAUCCCUCGUACACGAUGACGUUGUGGACCAGGCGGACUUCCGGCGGGGGAAGCCCAGUGUCAACGUGUUGUGGAACCACAAGAAGGUAGCGAUGGCUGGCGACUUCAUCCUGGCGGUAGCCUGCAUGAUGAUCUCGCGACUGCAGGAUGAUGACGUCACAAUAACUCUGAGCCAGGUGGUGACGGACCUGAUACAAGGGGAGUUUAUGCAGCUUGGCUCAAAAGAGACAGAAAACGAGCGGUUUGCUCACUACCUCACCAAGACAUACCGCAAGACUGCAAGCCUAAUCGCCAAUUCUAUGAAGGCAACAGCAAUGCUGGCAGGAGCAGAUGAGUCACUAUCAGAGGUGGCAUUCCAGUAUGGUCGAAAUGUGGGGCUUGCCUUCCAGCUGGUGGAUGACCUCCUAGAUUUUGUGUCAUCAUCAGCUGCCAUGGGGAAACCAACAGCUGCUGACCUCAAGCUUGGACUUGCUACUGCUCCUGUUCUGUUUGCUUGUGAACGGUAUCCUGAAUUGAACCCAAUGAUAAUGCGGAGAUUUCAAGAACCAGGAGAUGUUGAACGAGCAUUUGAACUGGUCCAUAAAUCACAGGGUUUGGAACAGACCCAGUUUCUGGCCCGAAAACAUUGCAUUGAGGCAGUCCGACAAGCCAGCUCAUUAACUGAUUCCCCGUACCAGAAAGGACUCCAAGUAGUGACAGACUUGGUUAUAAACCGCAUGAAAUAACACAGCAUGAUAACGGUAGACUUGUACAUAUACUUGUAUAUCUUCCUAACCCUCAUGUAAGCUCAAGGCAGUAUGUACCUGCCAAUAAUCUAUGCAGAGAUGUAGUCCCUGCAACACAAGUUCACUUCCUGUGGUAGGGACUCAACAAUGCAUUAUCAUUAGUAUUUAGGGAUGUCAGCCGAUGUCUGAUGUGUCUGUCUGAUUGAUCUAACUCUGUACCAUAUAUGAGAGUUAUAAAAUAAUUCAGGCUACUGAAGGUUGAGAAUAAAAUCACAGACUAGAACAUACUGGUAUGGAGAAGUUGUUAUAGGUAUGAAUUUUCAAUCAUUUGACAUCCCUGUCAUUAUUAUAUAAUCAUCUUAGAAUCUCGAUAUUUCUCAUGUAAAUAUAUAACAACCCACUCUUCACUAUGGAUGUGUAUAAUGAAUAUGUUAGGUGUCUUCAGGUGCAAUGUCUUCAGCAGUGAUGAUGUAUUUAUUCUUAAUGGUCUGAAACUUGAACAUAACUUUGGUCUCAAACAGUUGUGUUGUAUCUGUUCUAAAAUAAUUUCUGACUGCAUGUAGAUAUCAUUCAGUGACAUGAACAGAAUAUGUACAAAGGAAAUGAUCUUUAUGUCUCUUGAAUCUUUUCAUAAUUUGGGUGAAAGUCAAGCUGAAGAAGUGAGGUAAGAUAUGAGCCUUGUUCAUAUGUUAUUAAGUGCCUCAUUGUCACUUAUACUGGUGACAUAUUUAAACAUAUGAGGCUCUGGUAAAGACUUCUCACAUUUUGACUGCUGAUUAUAUUUCAGGUAAUUCCAUCGUUAUUUUGCAAUUUUCACCUUAAACUUGUAAAUAUAAAGUGGCUCUUAGGUUGUUGUCAGAAGCGCUUCAGAACGAAUGUGGUAACUGAUAUUGUUCAGAAUGAAAUGUUUGUAAUCUGUUGUAAUAUGCAGUCACUGUUAUCAUAUGGCUUCAAAAUCUUGUCAGACAUGUGUACCUACCAAGCACAACAUGACCUUAGAUAAUAUUUGUGAGAUAAUGUCAUGUCUCUCUGAAAUACUGCCUGCAUCUCGUUACUAAUAAGUGACUUGGACAUAGUCAUCAUUCUAGGUCUUUAUCUUACGAGUACACAGUUUAUGUUCGACAUUAUUGCACACUCGGUUCUAACAAAGAGCACUACUCCUGUCUUUUUGCACAUCUUCAUAAGCUCUUCUUAUGAGUCAAUAAUAUUUCAUAAUUUGUUCUGCAUGGAGAAUUUUAUUAGAGCUCAUUCUCCCAAUGUGGUUCUUCAUUUUCUUCUCUGGUGUUGUUAUGUUUAUCAACGAAAUUUAUGAAUUCAUCAGUACUUCUUUAGUUCCUUUAUGAUCAGAAAGGGUGUGGAUUGCUGUCUAUAUCACGAAACAACGAGCAGCUGAGAUUAAUCUUGUCUCAUUGCUUCUUUCAGUGGGACAGUUAAUCUAAAAUGCGAUAUGCUCUGUCCGGAGAAAUGAAAGUUCAUCUUUUUGUCAAGGGAGAGACUUAAUAAAAAACAAAAUAGAAAAUUUAAAUGCAGAGUGGGUUUCACAUGAAGAUAGUCCCCACUGUACUAGGAAGUAUCUUCUGCUUAUUAUUUUCCUUGAUUGCCAAGCCUCUGUAUGGGCAGCACAUGUUGCGACACUUCUCAAGAACAUCCUGUUUUCUUCAUAAACUCUUUGUGAUGAGCCAUUAUACUGCCAACACAAUAAAUAUCACCAGUUUGAAAUCAGUAUUUAUGGUAGUUCUGGUUUUUCCUACAUCUCUUUUGCAGUAGGAAAAAACUUAUACUGCUUAUUAGCCCUGGUGUUGUAUUAUAUUUUUGUAUUAUUUCAAGCUCAUAUAACAAAUAUGCAAUAUGGGUUAGCGGUUUCAUGUACUUAAAUCAUUGUUUGUACAAAUAAAAUAUGAAAGUAUUUUGAGUGUAGUGAUAUAAAAGCCAGAAGCCUAACAGUUACAUGUAGACCAUAGUUCUACUGACAUUAGUGACCUUUAGCAGUGCAGCUAGUGUGAGAUUGGAAAUCAGAGAGUGUUCAUGUUUUCUGUAUUGUGCAUUUUGAGAGUAAGCACUAGAACCAUCUUAGUGCCUUGGUUACUGUUGGCCUAGAAAAUUCCAAAGUUAAAUGAACACGAUGCUAAGGCCACGAGUAAAAUUAAAAUUACAAACAAUUGCAGUAUAAUGCUUAUUUUGUAUAUUUGAGGGCCCAGGAUUCUCAUCUUGGCUAUAAUGACUGAUCUUCUUUGAUGCUAAUCCUUCCCUUAGGCAGGCUGCCUACCAUAGCUCAUUAACCCUAUCUGACCUCACAUUACCCUGGGAAGGGGCCCUUACCAGGUGCUACCCACUGGGCCAGCAAUGUUUGAAAUCUGAAGGUGCAUGAAGUUUGACUUUUAAGUUAGACAAAAUAAACAAGAGUUCUUGAUUUUAAGAUAAGUCUUGAGAUUACAAAUCAUAAUCAUAAUAAAUUAAGAGGUCACAGGCACAGAAAUUAAAGCAAGUGUAUGUCAUGUGUUAAUUUUAAAGUUCCAUUUUUAAAGUUCAAAUAAAACUGAACACCUCAACAGGUAAAUCAUGAAAGAUAAUAACUGGUACUAAAGAUUUACUUCUGUAAUAAGCCCAGUUAAUCAGUUACUUUUAACAGACCUAAUUCUAAGAAAGCAAUGCAUUACUAGGAUUCUGCAGCUUUCUGUAUCAGUGUGUGCCAAAAGGCAAAACACCUACAUGAAACUAUAUUUUCUGCAUUCUGCAACUUUCAGAAUCUUCAUAACAUAUCUCACUUGUAUCAAAGCAUACUUCUUCUGAGUCUAUAUCAGGUCAGAAUGAGGCUUUUGUGGUUUUAUUCAGUCAUUUUGAAGACAUUUGGUCUGUAAUCACAUUUAUUUGUAUGCUUUUUCCAGUAUAAUCAACUUUUCUACUCUUUCAAAUAUCCUCUGCAAUUGAUGCAGUGUGAUUAAAUAUUUCUACCCUGUGAACCUGACUGCCAUUUGUCUCUCAAUGAUUCCAGAGUUCUCCUUGUUCUGCACCUACCACAAAUAAAGGAGACAUACUGUUUUAUCGUUUCAUGUUUUUGAAUGGUGUCAUACAUGGGUUCAUUCUUAUAGAACCAUUUCCCCUUUCACAGAACAUUUGUCGAUUGAGGAAAACAUGUGGAUCUAAAUCCCCAGUGAAUUGCUAACCAUUACCUACACCUGCACCACUCAAGGCAUGACAUACCAUCAAAGAUGUUUCCUAAAAACAGCAGCUUUUAUUUCUCUGGAAGAUCACACCAAAUUGCAUGUGAAAUAUUUGUAGUUUACUUACUCAUCAUUUAUAUAUUGUAUGUAUAAAAAUUCUUUUAUAUAUUUCAAGCAUUAUUUUGAAUUUAUAAUUAAUUUUAUAUAGCUGUUCUGAGUAUGUCAAGGGACUGAGGAGAGGUACCUCAUUUUAUUUGUAUAUUUCCAUGGUAAUUUUUAAAAUUUGUUUGUGGAAAAUUAUGCAGUGUUAGGUUAAUAUAGUAAUAUAUAUAUGUGUGGAAGGAGUGGUAUCACUUGAGUCUCACGUUAAAAACAGCAAGGGCUGAGUUGUAGGGAUAUGUAUCCUGUCUGCAGGACUAUAAUUGAGCCAGUGUGUUUCAGAAUGGUGCACCAGAACCUUUCCAAGCAUUAGGAUGCUGUCCCAUUACUUCUUUUAAAAACAAUAAAGUCAAACAUGAAUUAACUAUAGCUUAUGAAAGGUAUGAAGAACUGCAGCAAAUAGAUGUGGUGAAAUCCUCAUGAGCAGUCAGCCAUGAUUGACCCUGAGGAUGGAGACAGAAGUUCUCUGAAACACUCACUCUUAACUCAACAUUAACUUGUCCAACUGCCCGAGAAGAUUAUAGCAUAAUUUUAGGCUAUUUAAUUUCUGACACCUCUUAUGAGGUGUGAAAGUGUCAGUUUUUUCAGUAAGCCUGUGUGUGUUCUGUGAACUAUCUGCUAUUCAGUCCUGCUUCCAAAAGCUAUCCCUAUGUAAUAAUAAGAAUGGCCUCAUGUCAUGCAUGACUCAUGCCUAUAUCUUUCAAAUAAGAAUUGUGUGCCUGAUAGACCCAAAAAUUUUACACCCCUGCUUUUUUGCAGCAUGCAAAUUUUAAAAUGAGGUAAUGUGAAACAAACAAUGAUCACACAUUUAAGUGCAUCACAGAGAAUCUCAAAAUGUCUGUGUCCAUCGAGUACCCAGUAAUUCAAAACGAAGAAAAAUAUUAAUUUUUUUACUUAAUUAUAUCAGUGGUUAAAAGUUUCACGGUUUGUAAUAUUUUUACUUCAGUCAAUUACAGUCUAAACAUUCAAGCAUUUAAAUGCAAAUUAUGUUGGUGACUGGAUAUAUUUUUGUUGAAUAUUCAUAUUUCUUCAUGUAUUCUUCUAACAUUAGAAUAUUUCACAUGUCCCUGGGAAAAGUGUUGAAAUCUUUGUAGUAAGAUAAAGGGGCUGAAAGUAAAUAGUAAAUGCCACAAACCCGUGGGUUGUCAACUUGAAUAAUAGCUAUGUAAAUUAACUUGUUUUUCCUUGAAAGGUUUGGAAGAAGAAUGCAGUAACCUAAGAUCUUGUUGAAAUUUCUUGUCAUCCCAGCCCAUCUUCCACCCAUGAACUGUCAGUUUCAGCUACUCCACUUUCACACUGCUUGUGGUAUAGGGGCUGUGUUUUUGCUCUGCUAGACCAGGGAGGAUGAGGACACCCAAAGACCUAAUGCUUUUAAAUAACAGAAGCCAAGUAUCAUGAGAUAUAUGAAGCAAUGUCAUGGUAGAUCUCAUGCAACAAAUGAGGACAUGUUCUCAUGAUAGAGAGGAGAAGUGAAGGGAAGAAGUAGUGAGGUGGGGAUACUUCUCAGCUGCAAACAAUAGAAAACAAUAUUUAUCUCCCUGUUCUACAAUCAUCAUCAGAAAAUUUGUUCAGCACACUAACCUCCAGCAUGCCUAGUUUGAUCCAAGUGCACUGAUCUAGGUUCACAAUGUCAAUCAAAGUACAUGUCACCACUUGUUGCAUGGGCUACAUAAUUCAGUGUUACAAUUUUCUCUUUGCCAAUUGCAGAUGAAUGAAAAAUAUCUUUCAGUUUGAAACAUCUCUGUGAUAUUCAGCUACACAAUUGUGCUCUUAAAUUUGUGGUAGGUAUGAGAGAAAGUGCCAGAGAGGUGAGAAAACAUGAAAAAUUCCCCAUUUCCAAACAAUUUGUUUCCUCUCAUAUGGUUACUCAGUUAAACUAAGACCACAGAAACAAGUCCCAUCAAGGUAUAAAUAAUGGUACUUGAAACUUCUCAUCUCUCCCAAAUUGUGUAUCUGCUUCCAGCCCUCUCUGGCCUACAUCAUCAAGUCCAAAGCAUUUAUUGGUAUGAUGGUUAGAGAGGAACAUAAGGUAGAUGCUGGAAGGGGAGAAAAUGUGGACAGGGAUGAUCCAUGGAAUUUCUUUCAAACAGAAAUGCUUCUAAUUUGUAUUUGGGAAACAACCUGUUCAAAUCCUGACCAGAACACCAGCUAUCCUGACGGAGGUUUUCAUGGUUCUCAUUCCCUCAAGAAAAAAUUCCAGGAUAGUUCUUUAGAUUAGGCCAUGACCACUUCUCUCCACAUCAUUUCCUGCCAUCCUGUCAAUCAGUGCUAUAUAGUCCAAGCAGCUGACAGCACCAUUAAAUGAAAUACAAAUAAAUAAAAUAAUAGUAUUAAUCAUUAAUGUGUACCUUAUUUCACACAAUGAAAAGAAGUGUGUUUUUUGAACUGAACAUUGUAUACAUUUAGGCUAUUUUGUUAUUUGAAUUGAGAAUUAGUUCACCUACCAAAACAGCUUAAGUUUAUAAACAGUAACAUUUUGCUGGUAGUUACUGUUAUAGUGUCUGAAAAUGAUGGAGUCUGUAACUGCAGUUUGCUUGUCUCUCAAGAUAUAUAAGUAUUCACACCCUCCUCAUAUUCAAAGGGUUGGAACCUGAAACAGUGUAUUGUCUGUGUUGGCAUCAAUGAAUGAGGAACCCUGCAAAGUGUUUAUAUGAAUAUUUUGCAUUAUCAUAGAGUUAUACCUAAUAGAGGAUCUUAGUUUGUAAUUUAUUACAUAUGUGAAACAAAUUAUAUAGUUGUAUAUAAAAGCUGUUAUAUAUAUAUUUUUUUAAAAAACAGAGGUUAGAUUUUUGUUAUAAAAAUCACUCAAUGCUGAACCCAAUAUAAAUUCUGUUAAGUUUGUUCUUCCAUGAAAAAUUCUAUAAAUAAGUGUAACAACCCCCCACAAACAAAAUACCAUCAAGGCUGCAUAUUGUGAAGGGCUGUCAUGUAGGUUCGUAUUCAACAAAUUCUGUUCAUUCAGCUCUCUCCUUUUCUUCUGAUGUCCAUAUAUUCAUGCUACGUUACCUUGAUUAUUAGUAACCAGGAUAUAUACAGGUAUAGGGCUGAAACUAUGUAGGGGGAUUUUAUUUUAAUGUAAAAAUAACUUUUUAUAAUAAAAUAUUUCUGA